AAAGCUAUCAAGGAGGAGAAAAACCUCGUUUUGAUAACGUUGCUGCCGAUGAACUCAAGUUAUGGAAGGUAGACAUUUCCCUCGAAGAAGAAAACGAUAAAUUAAUCGCCGUCAAUACAAGAUAUCAAGGACGAAAUCGGCAAGCACUUUCCCUCCCAAAAACAUACAACGUCCUGUUGAAACGAAGGAGGUACAUUGCACCGCAACCUUUGAAGUCUCGACUUCGAGAUUGUUUCACUUUUCCAGACGGUACCGAGGAUGAGCACAUCGUUAUAAAUCGAGAAUGUGACAGUGAAAAGGAGAGUACGACCAUCCACUUGGUCGGCGAUGAGGAUUUGGCAAGUGUAAUUUGGACUACCGGAUUUAAGGUGGAACUCGCAAUCGUCGUGGACACAUGGCAACUUAAUCCAAAUACUCAUAUAGAAGAUUUUGAUGAGUUCUGGUAUUAUGAUCGAUUUGAUGCAAGUGAUUCUGAAUUGUUCAGUUCUGAGUUUGAGAUUUCCAAUAUUGAAUCAUCUGGUUCUGAUACUUCUAAUUCAGAAUAUGAACUCAAUAUUGCAAUGAGUUGA